UUCAUCAUUUCAGUUUUCACAUUUUCUCUCUCCUCAAAUCUUUCGUUCUCACUUCUCAGUCUUCUCACUUCUCUUGCUUCUGUCUUCUGAGCUUCUCCAUUCUCAUCUCAUCUGAACGCUCAAGCUCAUUAGCUCAACGUCUCAAACUCUGAAGCUCAAAGUUCCAUAUUCAAAUCUUCCUCUCCUUCAAGCCGUCAAAGCUCAAAGCCUAACAAUGGAGGAAGAUGUUCCAGGGAAGAAUGAGGAAGAGGAGUUUAAUACUGGUCCACUAUCUGUACUUAUGAUGAGUGUCAAGAAUAACACGCAGGUCCUUAUCAAUUGCCGAAACAACAGAAAAUUGUUUGGACGUGUGAGAGCUUUUGAUCGUCACUGCAAUAUGGUUCUUGAAAAUGUCAGGGAGAUGUGGACUGAGACUCCGAAGACUGGGAAAGGGAAGAAAAAGGCACAGCCAGUGAACAAGGACAGGUUCAUUAGCAAGAUGUUCCUUCGAGGAGACUCAGUUAUCAUUGUCUUAAGGAAUCCAAAGUAAUUUUGCAGUCACCUGACUCGCGUGAGCUGCUGAUGGCCUGAUUCUGCGGAUGGCCCCUUUUAUGCCAAUGUCAUCCGAGAGUAGUAUUAGCCUAGUGGAAGUGUGGAAAAUAUGUUGGACAGAAAUAUGUUCUGAAUAGCUGUAGCCUUUAUUCUUGUGAGAUUGGUCGCUGGAUAAUGGUGUCAUUUGUGCUAGGAUUACAUUGAAGUAUGGCCAAGUAGUUUGUCUGAGUUGCUUUAGUUAGACUCAAGGAUAGAAAUCUGAUUGUCUCCCGAAUUAUCUUUGCUUUGGUCACAUACAUAUUAUGUCUCUUUAUCGUGAUUUGCAGUAUCAGAUUCAUAGUUAACUGUUAAUAAUUUGAAAUGUGGAACUUA